AUGGAGCUGUCCAGCAAAGUACAAGGCGUCCAAGACGCAGGAGAGAUGGCGUACGAGGACAAGAUGGCGUUCAUGACGGAUAAACGUUGUCACUGGAGAUACCUCGAGGAUGAGCCUAGGUGA